GAAAAAAGCAUGCGCGCCGCGAAAAUUUUCACUCCUCUAACGACGAACGAUUUCCAAAUUAUCUUGAAAGAAAAGUGAUUCGUUCGGUAAAGGACUAUCAAUUAACGAAAUCGUAUCAUCCGAAAAUUUCCAUCAAGCAGCAGCCCAAAGAAAAAUCGCCGAUCGAAUAACAACAUUUCGAUACAGAACGAGCAAAAUGUGGGUUUGGCCCCUAAAUUAAACAAGCAGGAACUUAGGGAAUUUCGAGUUUUUGUCCCUGACCCCACGCAUUUAAUUUUCAUAACCCGUGAAAGUGGAAACUGUUAACAUAUGUAGUUCCGAUAAACCAAAUUAUAGUGAUGGGAAAAUGGUGAUGUGAUAUAAUAGUAUUUUUCUCUUGACAAUACUUGCGGAAUCAUGGUCCCUCGUGGAAAAAUCGUCUCCUGCUGCAGGAUUCGACCAGCAUUAAGCUAACAUGAGGAUCUGUAUACAAAUUUUAACGUACUCGUGACGAUUGCGCGUUGGCUAGGAAAUAGCCCGAGGGAUGCGCGCUGGGGAGGAAUACUCUGAGCUGGCUGAUUUGGGCAGCUCAUAUCUAGGAGGGGGCCGCUACGGAGGUACCGCUUGGAGUCGCACCCCGGGCAGAUCCCGGACCAACACAAUGCCUGCAGAGGCCGAAGACGUGCUCGACCCCAAUGGCAGUCCUAGGGGUCAUUCCAGAAGCCGCUCCGGUCUUUACUACUCUCCUCCCGGCACUUCCUACACGAUCGUCGAGAGGCCCUCGUCUGUGAUGCAGCACCACUCUUCCAGGGACUAUAAUGCCCAUCAUUAUAAUACACUUACUAGUCCCAGAGGUACGUAUUUGGGAUCGAAUCCUAACUUCAGCACUGCAAGUAGAGCAACACCAAGUAACAACAAGAAGCGGCCAAUAUCUCCAGAGCAAGUUCUUCGUUUAUUUGGUAGCAAUAAUCAGUCGAAUACUAAAUUAAAUCCGGAAAGGCCGCGAAGGUCUCCAGCUAGUAGUCCUCCUUCCACAACCCACCAAAUUAAUUAUCGGCCUCCUUAUGGGCCAAGCAUACACGAACUGUCGACUAGGACUGUUACCAUGGUUAGGGACCCCCAGGAUGGCACGCAUGGGUUUGGAAUUUGCGUCAAAGGAGGAAAAGACUCAGGCGUGGGAGUCUACAUUUCGAGGGUGGAGGAAGGCAGCGUGGCGGAACGUGCAGGACUGAGGCCGGGGGACUCGAUAUUAGAAGUUAACGGAACACCAUUUACUGGAAUCUCUCACGAGGAAGCUCUGAAGGUAACUCAUUAUAUGUUGAAAUCGUGUCGGAAGCUGAGUAUGACAGUUCGAUCCCCUACACUUCCAUCUGGAUUAAAUCUCGGAGGAGCUCCUUGGCAAAUGCGACAAACCUGUUCGUGGAUGGAUAGGCAUGGGCGCCCCGUCUCACCACCAUUGGAAUACGCUAGAACUGGCCCAAGAUACGGUUAUGGUUGGAAGACAAAUAAAGACAGAAGCAUACGAAGGGUGGAUCUUUGCAUAGAACCGGGUCAGAGUCUCGGUCUGAUGAUUCGAGGAGGCGUUGAAUAUAAUCUGGGGAUUUUCAUCACUGGUGUUGAUAAAGAUUCAGUGGCAGACAGGGCCGGACUUAUGGUCGGCGACCAAAUUCUGGAAGUGAACGGACAAUCUUUUAUGGAUGUGACACACGACGAAGCGGUCGCCCAGCUCAAGUAUCACAAGAGAAUGUCUCUUCUGGUGAGGGAUGUAGGGAAAGUUCCGCACUCAUGCACUGCCUACGAUCGGGACUGGGACCUGUGCAGUCCAGGGAGCAAAGCAGCGCAAACAACGAGAAAAUGGGCGGCGGCUCUUCAGAUGGUGGAGGAAAAGGCGAGAUGCCUUCUCUCUCGGCCAGAAUUCACAACCCUUUGCUAUUACACGGAUGAGUACGCGUCCAGACAUAUGACCAUAGAUGCCUUCGUACAAGUCAUGACUGAACUUCUUAACACUCCUGAUAAGUAUACUCUUAUGACCGAACUAAGAGAAAUAGUAGCCAUCGAAGAUCGCGUUAAAUUUGACGAAUUAGUGUACAGAAGAGAUAUCGAGACUUCUAGAAUAAGAGAUCCUAGGGAGCACGAUUACAGACAUUCGCGGAGGAAAGGAAUACCCAUUCCGGAUGCUAAUCAACCGGCUAACUUUUCAACUUAUCACGAGGAGUACGGUCCAGUAGUAGAGCCACCUCCUGGUGUAAGUAUUAGUAACGAAGACGAUUAUCGCUCUCCCAGUGAGGAUUCAGGUUUAGGAAUGGGAAUAUCAGAUAGAAUACAGAGAACACGACCACCAAGUGCCACAGGAAAAAUAGUAACCGCUUUAAACGACGAAGAUCACCAAACUCAGGAAUACGUGAGCGGCGACGAGGAAAAUCCUCCCGGAACAAGAAGCAGGAGACAUUCCAGUCCGGGCGAAUCAAGGUCCGGAAGCACCACGGCUCUACAUCAGCAAGAUUAUCCGGAUUCUAGCGGGUACCUUGGCGGUCUGCGGUCGAGCUUGGGAGGGUGGACGCAGAAAGUCAAGUCUUGGUACUGGGGCAGACCUCUUGAACUAGCUCACAAGUUAUCAAGAAGCUUUGAUAUGAAGGACGAACAAGCGUUACUAGAGGGAGAGGGUGGCAUGCGACGUCAUCAAUCCAUGCAGAGGUUGGCAAGGGAUGGCAUUUCGGAGGGACAACGCGAGGUUCCUAGAGUAACUCAAGACGAAGAAGGCAACUUGCGAGUCACGGUGAAAAAGACUAAGCCCAUCUUAGGAAUAGCCAUCGAAGGAGGCGCCAACACAAAACAUCCACUACCGAGAAUCAUCAACAUAAAUGAAAACGGUGCGGCGUACAGUGCGGGAGGUUUAGAAGUUGGCCAACUCAUCCUCCAAGUGGACGGUACUCGGGUCGAAGGUCUGCAGCACCAAGAUGUGGCUCGUCUCAUAGCCGAAUCUUUCGCAAGAAGAGAUCGCGAAGACAUAGAGUUCCUGGUUGUCGAGGCAAAGAAGAGCAACAUGGAGCCGAAACCUACGGCUCUUAUCUUCUUGGAAGCUUAACAUUUGCUUAGCCUCCCCGCUAGCGACCCCCCAGGUCCCAGCCACGUCACCGACUGAACUCUACACUACUACAUAUCACAUGUAUCAUGAAGCGAGAUUCCUUUGUUAGAGCACGAUUAUCGCCUAGACAAUGAAAUCUCGCUUGUAGAAGUAGUAGGUGGAGGGCUGUUCCCAUUUAUGAGGUUUAUGAAUAGGAAGAUUUAAAUGUAUCCCUUGGGCACGUGGGUGCUCAUUAUUAAAGACUGACUUCUUUUUCUUUGCAUUCACUCACAGUUUUCUUUGGGGUUAAACGAGAUUCCAAAUGUUUUUUUUUUAUCGACGGUGGGGAUAAAUGGGUGCAGUUCUUCGUAGGAUCAAUAUAAUAUGCAUUCAAACCAUUGUAUUAAAGAACAUCUCAAACUCAUUAAUUGUUACUUGUUGUGUACAGCUUUAGUAAUACGCUUUUGUUGUGAGCAAAUGGUUGUGCAUAUUAUAGAAUCACAUGUCAAAUAAUGUAACUAUUUGAUAUUGUGACUUCGGUGACACCAAAUGCAAUUUCUAGAGGGAGAGGCACUCGAAUAUCACGAGAACAAAAUCAACUGCAAAUGUAUAUACACAAACUAUAUUUUACAAUAUACUUAUUUAUUUUGUAAAAAUCCAGUAUUACAUAAAAUAAGUAAUACAUAAACAACUAAAAAAAAGGAAGAUGUCUAGCUAAAUUAAUAGCUGUGCCAAAAUACUACACGUUACAAAAAUAAGCAAGCCUUAGUAAAUAACUGAUCAGAGCUACAUAAAUGUUUGCUUCAUUUAUGUACCGUUGUUAUCUAAGGUUAGAACAUUUGUUUACAUUAACUAGUACAUGUAAAAGCAGCAUAGUUCUCAAAAUGUUCGUCCUCGAAGUUCCAAAAAGUACUGAUAAUAAAGCACUUUCGUUGUUUCAAGGUAUUUAUUUUACGGUGGUUAUAGGACACGGUUUGAAAGAUUUUGGGAUUCAUGAUAAAAGCCUCCGUAAAACAACUCAAACAAGUCAAAAGUUCACGAAAGAAACCAUUCAAUGUCUGCCUUCACUGCAUUUUGCAAGCACUGUUGAUUUUUGAGCGCUAAUGUAAAUAAUGUUAUUUAUUUUAGACUUAAGUGCGGGAUCUACUUUAAGCAGAAGAUGGAUAUAGAGUAGAAAUAGAGCUUAAAUGCUGCGACCUCAGAAAGUAUAUUACAGUGUACUAAAUUCAUUUAGUCUUUAUACAGAUUGCAAAAUUAAAACUUAGCAAUAAUAACACACAACCGAAAAUCAUAUCUGAAAACAUUCUAAAACAAACUGUAAAUGUUAAAUCGCAACAUGCAAAAAGUAAUGUUAACUACCAAUCUGUACAAAAACUUCAAAAUUUAGCUGUUAUUGUUGCGUACCUACGUCGGCUAAAAUCUAUAUGUAAAUAGUAUUAAAUUAUAGGUGCUAUGAAAAUUCAGUUAUUUCAUAAACAUUUGUAAAUUUUAUUACUCUAUUGACUAAGUUAUGUAUUUACUAAUGUUAAUAAUUGUUGUUAAAUAACGUGCGAUUUUAAUAAUUAUUAUAACGAAUCAGGGAAUAAUGUUAUAUUUAUCUUGAUUAUACGUUGAUAUAUUGUUGUUUGUGUUGAAAAUAUUAUGACAAUUUAUGACUAUGAAUUAGUGAAAUUUAUUAUAUUUAUGUUGAACACCACAGUUCCUUUCUUUUCAAAAACGAAUUGAGGCGAGAAAAUGGAUAUAGACUGUUGUGUUUUACAUAACUAGCUGAAACUAAUAAUUUUAAUAAGAUCUUAUUUGGUUGUUUUUGUUAAGUUGCUAACAAUGAUGACCAAUCAGAAUGAUAUCCAUUGUAGUGUGCCAAUUUCAAACAAUAAGUGAACACAAUAGAUUUAAUUAAGUGGACACUUAUCAAUCUCUUUUGAAAUACAGGAUUUUUCCAACUUUUUUAUUUUUAUAUUAGCAAAACUACCGUAAAUGCAACGCAUCGAUGGAUGUAAGACUUGACAAACCACGGCAAAUUCAGUUUGUCUCUCUUUCUGUUCAGGUACCCAAGUUUUGCUUCUAUGUAGUACAUUUUGUAUGAUAGAAUUCACAAGUUUUUAUUCGAUUUUCCCAUUUGUAGUUAAAAUUAUUAUUAUAAUUAGCAACAGAAAAUUUUAUUCUUCUGUCACUACCAACCUAUUUGAUAUUAAAACGACACGAAUUAAAGAAAUUCUUAUUGUAAUAAGUAUUUAUCUGAAAUAAAUUUUAUCUGAUAAUUAUG